AUGAACAAUGUCCGGUUUUCUAGUGGAAUCCUGGCCGAAGACCUAAACCAUGUAGCUAAUGCCAAGGAGAUGAGAUUUGGUGAAGCCAUCAGUCGAGAACUCCUGCUCCAAAUGCGUCAUCUGAAAGUUUAUGUGAUAGGAGAGGUACCAGCUGCAGACUUGAGUGCUUGCGUAGAUCAAUGGAUGGAGGAAAGACCAAGGGAGCAAUUGAUUUCCUAUUUGGAAGUCAAAGUGCACGGAACAGUUUGGUACUUGGAUAUGAGAGUUUGCCAACGUCAAUGA